AUGGAUAUGCUCUCAGUUCUCCGUACUUUUGAGCAAGUUGUCGAUCGCCAAUACAAAAGGAUUCGAAAAGAGAUUGCAGAUAAGCGUAAUAAACGGCCCUGUUGUGUACUCCACCUGAUCUAUCAGCCAAUUAUCAAACGUAUUUCCUUGAAGGUUAUCGGAUAUGUUGAAGCAACAUAUGAGACUUACUUUCCCCCGGGUGAAGAUAAGCCUCCAAUUCCGCCUAAUUGCUACUGCAAUUCACAGAAUACGUCAGGAUAUCCUUGUAUCUAUGUCAUUGUUCAACAUAUGGAGACCAAAGAGCCUCUCUCAUUGGACGACUUCCAUCCGCAGUGGCAUCUUUACAGUCAUAGGACUGCCCCGCCAAUUAAUCCGAUCCUUCUAGUGCAGGACCCUUACAAAGUUCGCCGUCGUGGCAGACCAGCUGGCCGUCGGAAUAACCUCCAAUCCCAGCCGACACAACCUUCAGCGGCUUCGACUGCUGCAACUUAUUCAAUUCAGGUCCCGGCAACUCAGCAAACUCCUACCGAGCCGCGACUAACCCCCUUCAAGCGUUCAACUCAGCGUGAGAUAUCCGCAUUUGAGCAUAUGUCAGAUGUUGUUCGCGGCCGCGGCCGCGGUCGUGGUCGUGGUCGUGGUCGUGGAAGCGGUCGUGGCCGUGGCCGUGGCCGCAGAGCUCGUACAACCUCAUCUCAGGCUCAACACGGUCAAACCCUCCCAAUUGAGCAAGGAGAUACUCGAUCGGAAGGUGUACGAACGCGUAGUCAGGCCCGGAGCGAGAUGGAGAUGGAGAUCGUGGCGGAGACUAGUGAGGACAGCGAGAGUAGUCUUGACGCAGGCGCUAUUGUCGGUUCAGAUGAUUCAGAGUAUGGAGGCUAG